AUGUCCAGGACAUUGCCUCUCCAGCCUUUUGGCUACUCACCAGGACCGAUGGAUCCUCUCGCUAUGGUUCACAACCGAUACCCUCCAUUGGACAGUAGCUCCGAGUCCUCCAAUUCUCCGGACUCGCUCUAUUCUGCCGAGUCCCCCACAGUGCCAUCCGUCAGUGCCCUGCACCUGAGACUUGGCAAUCAAGCCAUAGACUAUGAAGAUGAAGUGGAGGAACGAGAUGAGGAGGAUUAUGAGCAAUUAUUACGGGAGAGCGAGCAACCUGGGUUUGACUUUGCCAGUCCGGCCGACACAGAGUGGUCAGAUAAUCGGGGUUGUUCACCGAGUCCGAAAGGAUCUCCGACUCGCAAGUUAUCCAUCAUUUCCAACUCCUCCCCUAGAGGCUCCAUUUCUGGUCCUCGUGAAUCUUUGCUCAAGACCGCCCUCAUGCAGCAACGACGGUCUUCAACUCCCUCAGUCCUGGAUUUUCAAGAUAUGAGACGGCGAAGCUCGACCAGAUCCCUUACGCCCUCAUCUAUGCCACGCCGUCGUUCGAGCGCAGUCUCGACCAACAGCAGCGUCUUGGACCCUAUGGAGGAGGCGCGAAUGAGGAACAUUGCUGCGAUCAGUCAGCUCAGUCGGCGAUUCUCAGAAGUCGUCGAAGUCACUCAAGGAGCAGACGUCUAUGGUGACACGUUCCACGCUAGAGAUCGGCUUCAGUCUCAAUGGUCAGCCAGCAGUAUUUCCUCCAUGACCGACUCGGAGAUCAUGACAGAAUCUUACGCACCUACUCCCGAUAUGCCUCCAGUCCAGGGACUGAUCUCCAACUAUCCUCUGGCCUCUGUUGCCAUCGUCAACCACAACGAACCCCCCUCUACCAGUCAAACCAGUCAAUCGGCCUUCUCUGAACACCUUUCACCCGCUAUUCCUCCUCGAAUGCUACACCCUGAAGCUGCCAGGGCCGCCAUUCUGACACCCCCAGCUCCUCCUCAGCCAGCCACAAUGUGGAGGGAACGGAACAGGCCGAUGCUGCAGCGUAAUGCGACAGCUGGCGAAUAUCAAUUUCCUCCACGAUUACCACAGGCUCCGGUCGGAACCUCGAGGCCAAAGACUCUCAGUCGUUCAGUUUCGGCGCCCUUUUUUGGAUCCGCAGACAGGGACAGGCCUUAUGCUCAUGCACUGGCACUCCAUGCUGCCGGUGCAUUCCCUGUGGCUCGACCCGAACCAAUAGGAGCUACACCAUUAAGGGCGUCGCUGAGACGGGACAGUAUCGCCUCUAUUGUCUCCGAUGUCAGCGCGCCCGAAUCCAGACGGCCAAGUUUGAAGGCAUAUGCGGGGAUGAACGAGCAGAGGAGGUUCUCGACCGACUUCCAGGCCUCGAAUCUCGAACGGGAGUCCCGGACACCUGUGCCAACCACCAAUAUUUCCCCCAGGCGGAUAUCCAACACCCCCCUUCCGGUUGGCUGGCCAGUAAGACGGCGCAAGUCGUCCAGCAUCGAUCUGCGUCGCGAAUCAUUAGAUCGACGAGCGAGUUUAGCCGGCUCUUUACCUGGACAGGAGACUCUUCUCGGCCAACGAUUCCCAAGGAAAGCCUCGACCGGUAACGGCCAGCUAGCCGUGGUCGUUUCGCGAAAGAAUAGUACCGGGUCCAGUCGUAAAUCCAGCACGGAUCGCAGAGCCAGCCUGGCAUCCAGUCGCAAAUCCAGUGUCGUCAGCGUCGGCGAGUAUGGAUACUUGGCAACUGAGAUUCAAGUCGAAACGGGAAUCCCUCCCGUUCCUGCUAUUCCACUGAAGCUGGACGGCAAACGUCUUGGACCUUCUUUCACAAUAGCUAUGCCAGAAAGGAACGAUACGGCUUGGUUGAUGUCUACACCACCCUCCGACGAGGUGAUCACACCGAUGGCUCGGCCCAAGUUCAAUGCUCUCAAUAGCUUCCUCGGUCAAAGCAUGAUAACACCCGAGGAGCAAUCGAUCGAUCCCAUGGAGACCAGUAGCGAGAACACGCCAAAAAUGGACUCGCAGAGAAAGAAUAUUCUUGAUCGACCUCGGCCGAUCGGACACCCAGAGUACAUGGAUCAUCGUGCUUUGCCUCGUCGAUCCGCGUCUUCGAGACUUUCGUCUCCACAGCAGGAUUCUCCCAAGGCGGCAACAGCUUCUCCCUCUUCUCGUCGAUUCGCCGAAACCGCUUCGCCGAGAGCCCCCGUCAAAUCGAUCCUCAAAACUGGUGGAGUCACACGGAAGCCCGUUCCGAUCAUCAACUUUGAUGCUGAAGAUGCUGGACUCCGCGCGGACAUCUAUCAUCAAUCAAAACGACGUGGAGCCAUGGAACAUUUCCAGAACAACAAUGUCUACACAUUGCAACCGGCAGACAUUGGCGCUGGAGAUGGAAAUCCCAUGCGCAAGCGAUCUUCGAGUCUUACACAUAUACCCCCCUUAGUUGCGUCCCCACGGCCGAUAUUCAAACGGAGCGGUACGGGAGCUCUGGGCAAAAGGGGAGAUGCCAGCAGUCCGACUUUGUCUGUUGAUCAAGGCAAGCAGGGGCCAACGCGGUCUAAUUCGAGUUCUCAUUUUGGGAGGUUGUUCAAGUGGUAA